GCCCCAGAAAACCUCCUCUGCUGCCUCGACCCAACUCUGCUCUUAGCAUCUAGGCCUUCCUUCUUGGAAUUUCCCAGAACUUUAGUCGCUAGUCACACCGUCUCUCUGUGGUUUGUGUGGACUUUGAAGGGGAAGGAGAAGAAGGGAGAGAAGGUGAAGAAGAAGGGAGAGAAGGGACCAGAGUGAACCAAUCCAUCCUGACUGAGUGAAAACCGAGCCCUGGAGAAGUCAUUUUUUCCCAAAGAUAGGGGGUUUCCUCAUUUUUGUUUAUGCGUCCCAAACUAAUGCCAGCCCCUCCCCUCCAAAGAAAACCUAUCGAAUUUGUCUUGUAGCCUUGGGGAAGGGGGAUGGGCAUUGUCCCCGUUAUCUGGAGAAUGCUGUUUGCUUGUUUAUAAACAAUUAAGAGUUUCGCUGUUUGAAAUUACCCUGGAAAUUAUUUUUAAAUUGAGGAAGGUUUAACCAGCCUUUCAGAAAUGACCAAAAGGAAGAUUUUUUUGUGUGUCCUUUUGUCAGUAAGGAUUACUCCUAAUUGUAAUGGAUGUAAGGUGUGCUGGGACCUAAGACUACUUUUACCUUUGUUGGUUAUGGGUCCUGGGAACCUUUAUUAGAAUCACCCUUAGGUGCCUGUGCAAGCUUUGGAUCUUUGGGGUCCUUGGGUAUCUUCAUCCUCUCGAUUCUAUGUAUUGCAUUGGGCGAUUUGAGUAUUGUGAUUUUAAAAAGACUAUUCCGAGAUAUGUUUAUAUUUUCUAAAAGUUAUUUUUUUCAAUUGCAGCAAUUAUAACUUACUGAUAUUUCUUGAUAGGAUAGGUACUUCAAAUGUUUUUCUAAUUAAAUAAAUGUUAUGCUGUACAGUCUUGAUUGUAAAAGUUAGGAAAGGAAUUGAUUAUCCAGAAAAAUGAAAACCCUCACAUCCUCUUCCUUUGACUAGUCAGAAGCUUUUUUUCUAGCUCUCCUCUUGCACUUCCUUUCUUUAUUAUGACUUUGUCAUCAGAUUUACUUUUCCCAGAUGUGAAACUUGACAACCACAAUUUCCAUUGAUAUAAACAUUGAAAGGGUGAGAUUGGAAUCAAGAACCAAAAAUCCUUGUGAUACUAUUUGAGUGCCUGCACCAACUAAUGUUGAAAUAAAAUCCUACAAUUUGAAUCCUCAAGUAUCUUGGAAUUACCCAGUAAUGUCUCAGCCUCCUAAUUUCACAGUGGAGUUAAAGAAUUAUGAGGAAGGGAAAUGGAUUGAAGUCUGCACCAAUAUUUCUCAAAAAUUUUGUACCAUAUUUGACCAUGUUAAAAGCCCAGAUCUUUCUUAUUGGGCCAGAGUUAAAGCUACCAUUGGACAAAAAGAAUCUCCUUUUGCUGAUUCUUCAGUUUUUAAAAUGUGUAAACAGGGAAAAAUUGGACCACCUAAACUGAAGGUUCAAAUGAAAGAUCACCAACUUAUCAUUGAUAUAAGCCAUCCUCUAAUAAUUGUUGAAGGUAAAGAGAAAGGAGUUGUGUAUGAUUAUUAUGAGGAUGAAUGCAGCAUGUUCUCAUACAAGGUGUAUUGGAAGAUAAAUGGAAGUAUGGAAGCUUCUCCGGAAUAUAUACAGAUCAUUGAGGAAGAAAAUGAUCAUCUGUCUUGCAAUGAGACGCAAUGUCAAUUAAUUAUACAAGGAGCUUCAUUUAAUUCAGAGUAUUGUGUUUCUGCUGAAGGAUUUUCACAAUACUCAAUUUGGUCAUUUAAAUUUGAGAAAUCAGAAGAACUGUGUAUUAAAACUCCAUCUGGGAAAGAAAAAGAUACUUCUGUGCUCAUCCUAAUUAUUUCUCUAAGUCUUACCUCUGUUGUAUGCUUAUUAGUAGUACCUGUCAUAAUUUGCCAGGUCAGAAAGAGAAAGGUGUUUCAGAGAGAGACCUUCAUAUUGCCCAAGUCAUUGGUGGUCUCUGUGGUAAGAAAUUUGAAUUCACGAAACAUUUUAGAGGUGAAACCUGAAACGAAGUAUAUUUCUAUUGUUGAAACAUCAAACUUGACAGUCCCAGAAAGUGAGGAAAAAAGCAUUGCUCAUUUGACCCCAGUGAGUAGUAUUAAUUCUGGAGACAGUGGAGAAAAAGACCACUUCCAAGAAAUAUCAAGCAAAACAGAAGAAAUGACUGUUGAAGAAAAUAUUACUGAAAUGAUCUCUGAUAGUCAUCAGAGUACAAUGAUAAAAGAAAACUAUUUUCAUCCUAACAGUAGCCAAACUGAAUCUGGCAGUCUCAUUUCAAACUCUUGCCUUCUUGGAGAUGAUUCUGAGAAUAGACAUGUAGAAUCUUGCAAUUCCAUGUCUCACCCAGAGUCUCCACAAAAUGACUCUGAAACACAGGUGGACAUACAAGACAACAUCACUAUAAGGAAGGUUUCAUCUUUUGGCUAUGAUAAACCUCAUGUUCUAGUAGAUAUACUUACAGACACCAAUGACAAAGACACUUUGAUUGGUUAUCGACCAGGUCCUGAACCAUCCGUGGAAAUUUCAUAGCAUUCAGCUUAAACAAAGAAAACUUGAAAUUUUGCAGCUCCUAAAAGAUGACUGUUUGGGUUUUGCUUAAAGCAGGUAGCAUAUUCAAGGUCAGUGAUGCUGAGUCUAGAUUUUGAGUCAGAAGUUCAAAACUCCAUUCUGUAUAACAUUGAAUAGCUUUUUCAUUCUUUAGGACCCCUAUUUCCUCCUCUAUAAAAUGGGUUUGGAAUUGCUAUAUUUUAUGGCCUUUUUAUGUAAUACUAUUAUGAUCUUACAUGCAGAACAUGUGUUGAAUGAAAUGAGAUAGUUAACAAUGUUUAAUACAGUUCAUGUCCAUUUACGUUAUGAUUCUUGCAUCUGCAUUGGGUAACUGAAAGCAUAGAUAUAUGCAAAUACUUGCUGACUUUUAUAUAUGUGUGCUCUUUUUCUUUGGUCCUGCGCCUCGGCUAGGUGUGCCCAGAACUCCUACCCUACCACAAAAAAAAAAACAAAAAACACAGAUUUUGACUGUGGGUAACUGGAACCAUGGAUUAAGUGGGGAGACAACUGUAAAUAAAUAGAUCCUUGCUGGAGCUCCAGUUCUGAAUACUACUAAAAGUAUGAAAUAGAAAAUCAUUAAAGCUAAUAAGCCAAGUGUUUUUCACAA